AUGCUUACUGCCCUCCCCACCUUGGAGGAGGUCAAAAAUGCUAUUUGGAAUCUGGACAGCAACAGUGCCUCAGGACCUGACGGCUACAACGGGGUUUUCUUUAGAACCACUUGGGAUAUCAUCAAGGAAGAUAUGCUUAAAGCCUCCCAAGAGUUCUUCUUAGGGUUCGCCAUCCCCCAUGCUUUUGGAAGCACCCUUAUUACUUUAAUCCCUAAGAAGGAUUGCCCUAAAAGCUUCGACGACUACAGGCCCAUUUCUUUGAGUACUUUUAUGAGCAAAGUUAAUACAAAGAUUUUAGCUUGCAGGUUAAAAAUCAUCCUCCCCAAGAUUAUCUCCAACAAUCAAGCAGCGUUUCAAAAAGGGAAGUGCAUGUCUGACCACAUUCUCCUUGCUAUGGAAGCUUUGCACAACUUGAACAGGAAAACGUUUGGAGGAAACGUCAUCAUUAAAAUUGACAUGGCCAAGGCGUUUGACACCCUACGGUGGGACUACCUGGAGUCGGUUCUUCUUCGGUUCGGUUUUAGCAACAAAGCUACUAGCCUUCUCAUGGCUAACCUAAAAGGCAGUAUGCUCUCAGUCCUCAUUAACGGGCAACCUGCGGGCUACUUUCCCAUGACUAGGGGUGUCAAGCAAGGCGACCCUCUUUCGCCUCUUCUUUUCAUAAUUGCAAGUGAAGGUUUGUCUCGGCUACUUAACAGAAGCAUGGAUGAAUCCCAUAUCCAGCUUUACAACAUGGGAAGUGUGAAGUUUAUAGGGCACCUCACCUAUGCUGAUGACAUAAUGAUCUUUACUAAAGGUGACUCCAUCAAUCUACUCAAACUCAGGAAGCUGCUGGAUGAAUACUCUUCAGAUUCUGGUCAGGUCAUUAAUUCAGCCAAGAGCAAGUUCUACGUAAAAAAAACCACAAACAGUACCCACUUGCAGAACAUGGAGAAAAUCCUGGGCAUGCAUUUAGGAUCCUUACCCUUCACCUACCUUGGAGCUACCAUCUGCAAAGGGAAACUUAAAAAACACCACUGUGGCAGCCUGAUGGAUCACUUUGACAAGCAUAUUCACUCGUGGUAUAGCAAAACACUGAACCAAAUGGGACGCCUGAUUCUCAUCAAGCAUGUUCUCUCGUCCAUCCCACUACAUAUUCUAGCCGUGCACUCCCUCCCGGUGGCAGUCAUCAAUCUUCUUCAUACUAGGAUGGCCAAUUUCUUUUGGGGAAGAAGGCACGGCAACCAACUACACCAGUGGAAGAGCUGGAAACAUCUUUGUCAACCCUCAAGCGCUGGUGGGCUUGAUAUUAAGGAUCUUCAAACACUUCAACAGAACCAAUCGAUCAAGCUUUGGUGGCGGGUGAAUCAUGAUACAGGUGUCUGGGCUAACACCAUGCGAGCCAUCUACAUGCGCAAGGGCACAAUCAAAGAGAAGCUCACUGAUUCCACGCCAU